AUGGAUGCUGAACUGCUCUCUCAUAAACGGAACAAUACCUGGACAUUAGUUCCACGAGGAACGGCCAUCCGUACCAUUGGGUGCAGAUGGGUGUUCGCCAAGAAGCGUGACCAGAACGGUCGCGUGGUGCGCUUCAAAUCGCGGUUGGUGGCGAAGGGUUUCAAGCAGAAGUACGGAGUGGAUUUUUUUGAAACGUACUCUCCUGUGGCGAACAUGAACUCGAUUCGAGUUGUGCUCUCCGUCUGCGCUGCUUUCGCGUACCAGAUGGAACAGUUGGACGCUGACACAGCGUUCCUCAACAGUGAGUUGGAGGACCGUGUCUACAUGGAGGUACCAAUUGGCGUUGAGAACGCUCAUAACUAUGUGUGCCAGCUGAACAAGGCCAUCUAUGGACUGAAGCAAGCUGCAAGUGCCUGGAACAAGACCAUUCAUCGGGUAUUUCUUGGGUACAGAUUCAAGAGCUGUGGUGCGGACCAGUGCGUCUAUGUCAAGCGUUCCAAGAGCAAUUUCAUUUACGUCUGUCUUUACGUAGAUGAUAUGAUCAUUGCGGCGAAGACUAGUGAUGAAAUUGAUGACGUGAAAAACGCACUCAAGAGUGUCUUUAAGAUGAAGGAGCUUGGACCGGCGAAAUUUAUCCUGGGAAUGGAGAUCGACCAUAACAUGACUGCUGGAACGCUUAUGAUUAAGCAAACGCGAUACAUCGAUGAUGUGGCGAAACGGUUCGGGCAAGAGAACGCUAAGUCGGUUGACAACCCGUGUGCAACUGGUCUUAAGUUGUCAAAGUCGCAAUCGCCAGCAACGGAUGAAGAGCGAAGAAAGAUGCAAUCGAGACCGUACCGCUCCUUAAUUGGAUGCCUACUGUAUAUCACGACGCGUACUCGCCCGGAAAUUUCAUUCGUGGUAACGCAACUUUCUCGUUUCCUGGAGAAUCCCGGGGCGCAGCAUUGGAACGCUGCUAUACGUGUUCUACGCUACUUAAAGACGACUCGCCAGCACGGGAUCAUCUACAAAGGUGGUACUGGCAGCGUCACAGCUGAAGCCUACUCGGAUGCGGACUGGGGUUUCAACCUCGACGACAGGCGUUCUGUCUCGGGGGUUAUGAUCAUGAUUGGGAACGCUCCGGUGGUGUUCAAAUCUAAGUUCCAACGAACGGUUGCCCUCAGCUCAGCGGAAGCUGAGUAUAUGGCUUUAAGCCUAUGCGUUCAGGAAGUGCUAUGGACGCGUGCGAUACUGACGGACAUGGGAAUGGUACAAAUGAACGCUACCCAGAUAUGGGAGGACAAUCAAGGAGCGAUUGCUUUGGCCCAAAACGCUGGUUAUCAUGCUCGGACCAAGCAUGUGGACAUCCGUCAUCACUUCAUCAGAGAGACGAUCGAAGACGGGACGGUUGCGGUAGCGUAUGUGGACACCAAACAUCAAUUGGCCGACAUACUGACCAAGGCGCUAGGAUCCAAGACGUUCAAGUUCCUGCGCGAUGCAAACAGUAUCCAGUGCAAAGAAACCAAGCAGUAG